GGAUAAUGCACAAGGGGAAUUGACAGCAAACAUUAACUACGCUGUCAACAAUAAUCAAGAUCAGGGUACCAGUCAAAAGAUUCAGAUUGAUGUUAAACCAGCUAAAAUCAUCAAUAGCACAGGAAGAAGAGCGGUGUUUACAAUGAAUGAGAGCUGUCAGCAAACACCAACAUCUCAUAGCCAUACUGGAGCUCAUAAUCAAACGCAUGUCACUCAUGCACGAGUGAAAAAACAUUCUGACGUUUUCACGCUUACCUGCGAUAAGGGUGGAUGCAACUGUGAUGCAGCACACUCGACACCGGCUUCUACAACUCUCUUUCCUAAUGCUUUAGUUUUUACUACUACGGGUGAUAAACAUGCCAUGAGCAAACCUUUUAUGACACCAAUCGGGCCGCUUCAACUUACUGCUGAAGAGUGCAAUGAAAUAUUGAUGAAAAGAGCUGCGGCUGCUUCGAAUCAAGCUAGCGCUAACAAUGUAUCUACGAGUCAGACUGAUACAACAGCACACUUUGGCCACGUGCUCACUCACGUCAACACCACACAGAUAGAUACUAAGAUUAAACAACAGCAGGACAUGGGAAGUCAAGCACGCGUGCCAAAGGAGAGGCCUUAUUCAUGCUCUGAGUGUGGUAAAUCUUUUCUCCUUAAACACCAUCUUACUACUCAUGCGAGGGUUCAUACAGGAGAAAGACCUCACAUCUGUGUCCAUUGUGGCAAAAGUUUUGCGCACAAACAUUGUCUACAUACUCACCUCUUGCUCCAUAGCGCCGAGAGACCAUACCAGUGUCGGGAAUGUAAAAAAUCUUUUACUCUGAAACAUCAUCUGGUUACGCACACACGUGUACACACGAGAGAACGGCCGUUUGUUUGUCAAGAGUGUGGUAGAGCUUUCCCGCUAAAACGUCAUCUAGUUACACAUAGCAAGUUUCAUUCAGGAGAACGACCAUUUGUUUGUUCUGAAUGUGGUGAAUCUUUUUCUCAAAAAGACCACCUUACUAUGCAUUCGCGCUUCCAUGGCAGUCUCCAUCCUUUUGUGUGCUCUGAUUGUGGGGCAACCUUCCAGAGAAAAUUCGAGCUUGUCAAUCACGGUCGUCUUCAUGGUCGAGUUCCACACUCUUGUACUGUAUGUGGAAAAGAGUUCCUGCAAAAAAGAACGUUGCUGGCUCACAUGCGUCUUCAUACUGGAGAAACUCCAUUUGCCUGUACUGUAUGUGGUGAUGCUUUUGCUAGGAAGGUAGAUCUGGUGACUCAUUCCAAGAUGCACAACACUAUCAUUGAUGACAAGACCAUUACGUGCAGGGAAUGUGGCUUGGACUUUUCUAAUCAGGAAGCACUUACUUUACAUUUGAGGUUACAUGGUGGUGACAGGACUCUUGUGACGGAUUUGUGUGGAUUGGCAGCAGCUUUUCAACAAACACCAGGUCAUUUUCUAUCACAAAAUACCACUGGAACUCAACACAUAAAUGGACCAACAAUCAAUAAUCCUGGAGUGAGUCACAUGCAAUGUGCAACUCAAACAUCACCCCCAGCUGGACCGAAACCCAAACCUCACUUGUGUCCUGAUUGUGGUCGUGGAUUCGCUCAGAAACACGGGCUAUCUCAACAUCAACGGCGUCAUACUGAUGGCAGUUGUCAUAUAAGAUCGCAUGUCUGUGAUAAAUGCGGCAAAGCUUUCUUCCAAAAGAACCAUUUAUUGUUACAUCAACGUCAGCAUAUGGAUCCACCUCCAAGUAUACUAAGACAACAACAAAGAUUAGCUGCUCAAGCUGCUGCUCAAGCUCAGCAACAAAAUCAACAACAAAAUCAAGUUCAACAACAAUCACAACAGCCUCAACAACAAUCGCAACAGCAACAAAACCAACAACAAGCCCAGCAAGUGCAGCAACAAGUGCAACAGGCACAGCAAGUUCAACAAUCACAACAAAAUCAACAACAAGUGCAAACAACUCAACAACAACAAGUGCAACAGCAGCAGGCCCAACAGCAAGUUCAACAACAAAAUCAGCAGCAGGCCCAACAACAAGUGCAACAACAAUCUCAACAAUCACAACAAACGUGUAAUGUUGAUACUAAAACUAUUCAGUUGCAAGCAAUACAACAACAAGUUCAACAGCAGGUUCAACAUCAACAGCAGCAGCAGCAGCAGCAACAGCAACAACAGCAGCAACAGCAACAGCAGCAGCAGCAACAACAACAGCAGCAAGCGCAACAACAGGUGUGCUCAGUGGACGCAAAAGCAAUACAAUUGAAUGUCACUAUGUGAAAUAACUAUAAAAAUAGUGAAUGGAAUGAAGGCUAUGACGACUGUGACUUUGACGAAGACGAUGACUUUGAAUCUAAAAAUCGUGAUAAUCAUGAUGGUGAUGACAAUGAAGAUGCACCCCUCAAUGCGCACUUGGCUGCAACCCACUGCACGCACUUUUCUUGUACUAACAUUACACCCUAGUUAUAUAUUUAUUAAAUAUAUUUAGAAAGAAAGAAACAAAAAAAUCAAGAAAGAAUCAGGCAUAAAGUAAUCGAUUUUAUUACAAGAGUAUAUAUAUAUAUAUAAACAAAUUAUACAUAUAUUAUUCUAAUUAUGUAUAAGGCUUGUAACAAGAAAAAAAUAAAAUAACCAUAUAUUAGUGUUUUACAUAUACUUUUAAUCUAUCAUUUGAUUUUUUAGAAUAUAUGUAAAAUGGAAAAUAAGUACUAAAAACAAAGAUAUGCGUUGAUAAAAAAAGUGAAUGAAUAAUAAUAAACAAAAAUUAGUUGCCUUAUCAAAAUGAUAUAAAACUUUUAAAGAUAUAUUAUUAACUAUUUGAUUUUUGAUGCAAACGAUAACAAAAGAAACGCGCAAAAAUGCAUCAUGUUAUUUUUCAUUCUUAAUUUUUAUUUGUAGAAUACAAAUUUAUAAAGAAAAAUGAAAACAAAAUAUACACAU